CACUCCCGCGCGCGCAUGACGGCCAACGGAGACCACACCGCCGCCGCCGUCCCCAUCCACGCCACCCCACCGCCGCCCCAGACGGACGACGAGGCCGAGCGGAGGCGCCGCCGCCGCCCCGCGCGCCGCCCCAAGACGCCCGCCACCCCCACCCCCACCUCCGCGCCACCGCAGGCCGUCGACCUGCCCGCCUCGUCCGGGCCGAGGCCCAGCAGAUCGAUGCCGCCGCCCGCGCGCCCCGACGCCCGCCCCGACCACGCCGCCGCGGGGACGAGGCAGUCCUGCCCGCUGCUCCCCACGCCGUCCCGCGCCGAGCCGCGGGGCCCCGUGGUGGGGACGGCCCCGGGGGGAGCCCCGCGGAGGCUCUUCUUCCAGCCGCACUGGGCCGACCACGUCGUCGAGGACGCACUCAAGAGAGGGACCGUCUUCACGGGCAAGCUCCGCGUGAACGCUCACAACCGGAACGAGGCCUACUGCACCAUCGAUGGCAUCCCAGUGGAUAUUCUCAUCACGGGCACGGCGCAGAACCGAGCGAUUGAAGGUGAUAUUGUUGCCAUCACGGUGGAUCCUGUUGUUUACUGGACUAGAAUGAAAGGACAAAACAUCGCAUCCAACCCUGCGCCGGGAGGAGUUUCUGUUUCUCGUGAAGUUAGUGAAACAAAUGGGAAUCAUGAUUUGAAGAAAGGACAGGCAGAUGCCAGCUGCAGGUUUGAAAAGUGCAGUAAUGGCCAACCUGUUCCGGACAGGAUGCAUAACCAUCACAAGAACAGUGGUUUUAGUCAAGCUGUUAUGUGUGAAAAUGGGCAUGCUAUUGUACCAGAGAAUCAUGAGGGCCUGGAUGAAGGAAAUACAGAGUCUGCAAGAGCAUUACAGAGGAUAUGUUCUGUGAUAUGCAGUCACCCAAGCAGACGCCCUACCGGGAAAGUUGUAUCUGUCAUAAAGAAGUCUCCUCGCCGUGGUGCCGUUGUAGGUUUCCUUGCUCCUUUCUCAGAAUUCCCUGAUGGAGAGCAGAGAAAUCAGAUGAAUAUGCAGGGUUCGAAGAGGAUGAACCAUAUAGCAUCAUCGUCUCUGACAGGCUUGGUUCAUCUCUUGCCUACUGACCCCAAGUUCCCUCAGAUGAUUGUUAGUGUUAGCACUUUACCAGAUAGUAUCAGACAGAGGCUGAAAGAAGGUGAUAUAGCUAUUGAGAAGGAAUUAGUUGGUGCACAGAUUCAUGAUUGGAACGAGGAAAGCCCCUAUCCCUGGGCUCGUGUUUUACAGUUGUUUGGAAAGGGUGGACAGGUUGAAACACACAUGGAUGCUAUAUUGUUUGAGAAUGAGAUAUGUAGUACUCAAUUUUUGUCUAAGUCCAUGGCAUGUCUCCCUGACAUGUCUUGGAAAAUCCCACAGGAAGAACUUGCAGCAAGAAAGGAUCUGAGAAAUGUCCUGACCUUUACAAUAGACCCUCCUACUGCGUCAGAUCUUGAUGACGCAAUAUCUAUUGAGACACUUUCUGGAGGAAUUGUCCGUAUUGGGGUCCAUAUUGCAGAUGUUUCUUACUUUGUUCAUCCAGAGACGGCAUUAGAUGCUGAGGCCCAGACGCGAUCUACUAGUGUUUACACCUUGCGCCGCAAAGUAUCGAUGCUGCCUUCAAGACUUUCAGAAGAACUUGUUUCGCUUAAUCCUGGGGUAGACAGGCUUGCCUUUUCAGUUAUUUGGGACAUUGAUCCUCGUGGGAGCAUAGUUAAUCGCUGGAUUGGUCGUACCAUUAUCUUUUCAUGCUGCAAGCUAUCAUAUGAUCUUGUGCAAGAUCUGAUUUCCAGUGAUGCCAACCAGUUCAGAUCUGCAGCUGCGUCUCUUCAAGUGCAUGGCAUGCUUAAACAGGAGGAUAUUAUAAAGUCCCUUAGAUGCCUAUAUGAGAUCUCAAAAAACCUGAAGGAUAUUAGAUUCAAGGCUGGAGCUCUCUCUCUUGAUACUUCAAAGCCUAUGAUCCUAUUUGAUGAAGAUGGGGCUCCAUGUGAUAGCUAUCGCUAUAAAAGGAACGAUGCAUGUUUCAUUGUUGAGGAGUUAAUGUUGUUGGCGAAUAUGGCAGCUGCAGAAGUUAUAUCAAAUGCAUUCCCUGAUUGCGCUCUACUUCGUAGGCACCCUGAACCUAAUCCACGGAAGCUCAGAGAGUUUGAGGCAUUUUGUGCUAAAAAUGGUUUUGAGUUGGAUUCUUCAUCAUCUGGUCAGCUUCAUCUUUCAAUCUGUAGAAUAAAGGAAGAGUUGCAAGAUGAUCCUGUCAUGUUUGAUAUUCUCAUGUUUUAUGCAUCAAAGCAAAUGCAGUCAGCAGAAUACUUUUGCACAGGGGAUGUGAUAAGCAAGGAUGAUUGGGCCCAUUAUGCGCUAUCUGUCCCUUUGUAUACACACUUUACUUCACCACUUCGAAGAUAUCCUGAUAUAAUUGUUCAUAGGACACUGAGUGCAGUACUUGAAGCUGAACAGAUGUAUCUGAAGCAAAGGGAAAUUUCCACUGGGCGGAAUGGAGUCAAAACUAAAUCUUGUGAAACAGUGGAUAGAUGCUUUACAGGCCUCCAGUUUAGUAAGGAUGCUGCUGAAACCAAAGAAGGGAGAGAAGCACUGUCUGCCGCAGCUAAGAAGUUUAUGGUCCCUAACUCUGAUUGUCUUGGGGGUGCUGCCGAAUAUUGUAAUGAAAGGAAAUGGGCCAGUCGGCGUGCAGAAGAAGCUGGACAGAAGCUCUACAUGUGGGCUCUGCUAAAGAGAAAUGAGACCAUGGUCUCCAAUGCUAGAGUUUUGGGGGUUGGACCAAGGUUCAUGUCAGUUUAUGUGCCCAAGCUUUCGAUGGAACGAAGGAUAUACUAUGAUGAAGUUGAGGGAUUAUCUACUGAAUGGCUGGAAGCAACUGGAACUUUAGUGCUCGAUGCAUGCAGGAACAAGCCUGCCCAAAGGAGAGGAAGCCAGUUCAAAUGUAGUAGAGCAAUUGAGGAAGUUGCAGUGGUGGUGAACCCAUCCGAAUUAAUGUUAUCUGAAGACAAAGAUGAACCAGGAGCGAUAGAGGCUGGCGGUCCUGCUGCUGCCGAUUCAGUUUUGCUGAGCGAUGACGCAGUGAAAGCUGAUGUUGCCCCAGCCGCUCUGCCCCUGGUGAUACGCUAUCUGAGCGACAUCCCGGUGGUUCUUCAUGCAAUUGGUGGUGAGGAUAGUCCGGUUGACAUUGGAGUAAGAUUAUACAUUUCAUCAUACUUCAAGUGACAAGAAACAGCCCAUCAUAACAGGAGACGCUCUGUGAAUUUAACUUCCUCGUAGUUGAACAAUCGCAAUAAAAGGUGACAGGAGAGUAGCGUUAAAGUGUUGUUAAGGGUUCAGCAGGCAGGUGUCAAGGUAGUGCUGUAGGUAUCACAUUACUGUUGUCCGGUCUUAUUCAUCCCCCUCCCAAUGGCAGCCAAAUGAUCGUGCAGUGAAGUGGCUUUCCUUUUUGUUCCCAGGCCAUUUGACAAGGCGAUGCAUAUUGGCCGUAGUAUUAUUAUGUGUUCUCUAGUACCUCCUAAAGUACUUUUCUGUUUUGUUUUGUUGUAGUGUGUGAGUCCACCUGCAGUUUUUUUUACUGGUGGGUUUAUACAUGGUCUAUUUCUUGAGAAGGAAUAGCACUGCUGACUGCUGAGCUCUUCAAGUCCCGGUAACUUUUGCUGAAAUCCGGACUAAAGUUGUCGCGACAAAGAAAUAAAUGUGUUGUUACCUCUUU